AUGUUCACCCUCCAACACCAACAACUCCUCUCUGAUUAUCAACAUCAUCAUCAUCAUCGUCAAUCUUUCAACUCCACCGUAAGUUCUAGCAGUUCUAGAUCCUCCACCGAUCAUCAAACAACCACCGGCGCCGGCCAUUACUACCAACCACAAGAAGAAUGUUUCCCUAGUACUUUCUUCAUGGAAGAAGAUGAUCUCUCUUCUUCUUCCUCAUUGCAACAACACUACUACUCUUCUAACCAGUUACAACCCCAUUUCCACCACCAGUUUUCCGCCACUCCUACUCCUACUUCCACCACAAGCACCACCACCACUCCUCCUCCACCGCCCAAGACUCAUGGUUUUUCUUCUAACUCUGAUCAUACCAACUUUAACUACUCGUCUUCCCAGGAUCAUAUCGCCAUGGAGUUUUCGAAUUCGUUCUCUGCCAACGGCUGGGCGUCGGAUGUGUUAUUGGAGGCUGCGCGUGCGGUGGCUGAUAAGAACAGCACGCGUCUACAGCAGUUGAUGUGGAUGCUCAACGAGCUCAGUUCUCCCUAUGGCGAUGUAGAUGAGAAGCUUUCUUGUUACUUUCUUCAAGCGCUUUACAGUCGGAUGACGGAUUCUGGUGAGUUGAAUUACCGGAAUUUGUCGUCGAUUUCGGAGAAAGUUAGCACCUUUGAAUCAACCAGAGAAUUGGUGCUCAAGUUUCAAGAAGUCAGCCCAUGGACGACGUUCGGACACGUUGCGUGUAACGGAGCGAUCUUAGAGGCGUUAGACGGCGAGACUAAAUUGCACAUUGUUGAUGUCAGCAACACAUACUGCACACAGUGGCCGACGUUGCUGGAAGCCAUCGCCACCCGGGCAGAUGAAGCACCUCAUCUCCGCCUCACGACGGUGAUCUCCUCCAGAUCGGCCGGCAGCGACGGAAUAGAAAGGAUAAUGCGAGAAAUAGGGAGUCGGAUGGAAAAAUUCGCCAGGUUAAUGGGUGUCCCGUUUAAAUUCAAUGUGAUACACCAUACCGGCGAUUUAUCCGAUCUGAAUUUUAGUCAGUUAGCUAUUCAAUCUGAUGAAGCUCUUGCUAUAAACUUAAAUGGCACGUUACGUUCUGUUAGUAAUCACCGUAGGGAUUAUUUGAUCUCGAUGUUUCGGAGUAUGAACCCUAAAAUAGUGACGAUCGUUGAAGAAGAGGCUGAUUUGGAAGUGGGAAUUGAUGGGUUUGAAUUUUUGAGAGGGUUUCAAGAAUGUUUGAAAUGGUUUAGGGUUUACUUCGAAGCUCUCAACGAGAGCUUUCCUCAAACGAGUAGCGAGAGAUUGAUGUUGGAGAGGGAGGCGGGGCGGGCUGUGAUGGACUUGGUGGCAUGCUCGCCGGCGAAUUCCGUGGAGAGGCGGGAGACGGCUAACCGGUGGUCCAGUAGGCUUCGUGCAAGUGGUUUUGGUGGUGUUUCAUAUAGCGAAGAAGGGUGCGACGAUGUCCGGGCACUGCUGAGGAGGUAUAAGGAAGGGUGGUCAAUGGCUCCGUCGGAAACGGCGGCCGGAAUGUUUUUGAUGCGUAAAGAAACACCGGUGGUGUGGGCUAGUGCAUGGAAACCUGUAUGA